AAAGAGAGGCGCAAGUACUGCGAGGAACAAAUCCAUGAAGUUCAGCGCCAUCUACUUGAAACUGAGGAGUGCCUGGCUGUUUCACUGUCUGGUGAGAGGAAGAAGGAUGUAUUGAUUGAACAACUCAACAAGUCCAUUAGAAUGAUAUUGUCAAAGUGGAAACAUAGAGAAAAAGAUGAAGAGGACAUAGCAGAGAAGGGUAGAGCAGCGCUGGACAAAGCUCAGCAAAAUGUUCAGAAACAUGAGCAGCGAAUAGGUCGGUUGGAGGCUGAAUUAUCCCUCGUCGAAGAUCAGUUGUCAGCGGAAAGAAACCUGAGGCAGGAAGAUCGGAAAAACUGGGAGAGAAUGAUGCAGCAGCAAGAGAAGUCUAAGGAAGAGGCAGUGCAGCAGUUGAAGCUGGAGGAAGAGCGAUCUCAUACCCUUAAACGUGCUCUAAACGAGUUGCAGUGCAAGGUUGAACAAGCAGACGCCACUAGCAUGAGACUAGAACAGAUACUUGAGAAGGAAAGGCGAGAGUGGCAAGAGAAGCUUACAGAUGUGAUUCGCCAUGCAGAAGAAUCAAAUAAGCGUUUAGAAGCCGGACUUGCUGAGACAAUGAGGAGCAAAGAUGGACUUGAGAAACUUGGCGGAGAGUUACAGGCAGCACUAAGAGCAGCCAAAGGGCACAUUAUGAAGAUUGAGUCCGACUUGGAAGUGGCAGCACGGCAGAGCGAGAGCAUGAAGGUUCAGGCAGGCAUUACAGAAGCAAAAUUCGAGGGAGAGAUGGCUACUGUGGUGACAGAACACAAAGCUCAGCUCGCAAGAUUGGUUGAGCAGGUGAAGGAAGAUACAAAAGGGAAAAUGGCACAGACUGAAAAGGAGCUACAUGCUAUCUACCAAAAGCAAGUGAACACGCUGAUUGAGAAACAUGCUCAUGAAUUGGAUCGGCAGUCUGUAAAAUUUCAUAAAGAAUUGAAGAAAAAAGAGACUGAGUUCAGUAAGCAGGAAAAGGCGAGACAAGAAAAGUUUGAGGAAGCCGUUCGUGUCAUAGUGAAAGAACGCAGUGAAAAGGAUCGACUAAACAAGUCACGGAUGGAGGUAGCGAAUACACUUCAGGCCCUGAUGAAACUCGUGCUAAAUGGAGCCAGCCCCAUCAUGGGGAAUAGCCCCACAACUUCGCCGCCCAACUUCCCCGUCCCACUACCCGCCGUGGAGGAACCGGUAGUGGCAAAACACGUGGCUCCACUAGCAGCCAUGCGGCCGAACGUUCCAUCCCAGCUGCCCGCCGACCAGAGCCCUGCAUCCGAUGUCGCCACCGGUGCGGGAAAGCAGUAUAGCUUUGGUGUCGCGACGGCAGUCGGCGACAGCAGCAGCUCACGCAAAGAGCGGCCUAUGUUCAUAGACAGUGCUUACAUGUCGUUUCCACCGGGCGAAAGCCAGGAGUCAAGCCGCCUGGCCAUCGGCAGUGCACACGGCUCGCCUGUGGUUUCAUCCCAGCAUGCUGCUGCAGUCACGGUGGGCGUGAAUGGGAAACCAAGUCCGACUAAGACUCAGGAUGCCAGCGAACGAGAAAUCACUGAGAAAAGCAUUCAGGACUGCAGCACUGAAGAGCUGAAAUGCUACAUGGAAAACCUGCUGCAGCAACUGCCAAGGACUCCUACCAAGCAACAGACGUCUAGCCAGUAUGCCACAGAAGACACGCGACUACAUCAAGCCAUGCCAGGACACGUUCUACACGAUUCUGAAGCACAGACCGACCCUCCGCUUUCUGCUGUCCUGUCUCCGCAGCAGAUGAGAGAGGUUGCCACUGUUCUAGGAAUCCACCAAGGCGACUCCGACGUGUCAGCUUCCUACCUGACAAGCUGCAGCGAAGCCAGGAGCGCAUCUUCGUACCUGUUGCACGAGAGCCUCCUGCAUGCUGACGCCGGAACACGUCUCACCGGUGUGUCUGUGCGGGAAGGUGCAAUGUUUCCCCUCACGAACCCAGCAGGAGCGGGUGGUGCCAAGCGUGAGCUGAGCUUUGGCGAACAGUUGACUGCGGAUGCCGGCAAGUCUAGCCCGGAGAAGGAGGCAGGCCAAUAUAGGCAUGCCGAUAAGAAAACGUCGUUGAGAAAGAAAGAUAAGAAAUCCGUCGUUUGGAGGUAGGGGAGAGAGUUGUCGGGUAUUUGUAGGAGCCGCGCUGGUUUGGUUUGACGAAGUUACUGGUAGCAGGUGCGUUUGUGGCGUUCAUACACAUCUGAUGCAUACCCAAGAAUAUCUGCUACAGCUUCUACUGCUCUCUGUUGUGUGCAGCAGUUGGCCAACCCUCCGUUUGUCUUUCACUUUGACACCUGGCACCAAAAAUGGUCAGGUGACCUUUUUUAGAUUGAAGUUAAAUUUACACACCCUGUUGUGUGUGUAUACUAUUUUUUAAUUUUUACGUGUAAUUUUUAUUACGAGUGUUGUACAGCGCUACAUGUUUCCAUGUCGGCAUUACAAUAUAGCAGAAGUUAAUGGUUGCAUAUGCCUACAUGUGUGCAAUAUUUUAUGUAUGGUAUUUUUACCUCAACUUCUGUCAGACUGAGAUUCAGAAUAUUUAUUUUAACAUCUCAGGCAAUAUGCUGUUUUGUAAUCUCUGUGCAUGUUAGAAAUAUUUCUUAGUAAGUUUUGUGUUUCGAAUUGCGUUUGAAACAUUUUUGUAUAAACACUGUGAAUUGGGUAAAAACCAAUUAAGAAUUCGAUAUGAUUCCCCUGCAUGAGUUUAUGUAAUUAUAUUUAUGUAAUGCUAUAGUCUUUUAAAAUUGAUUAGAAUUGCAAGUAAUACUUGUGAUGACAACAAAAUGAAAUUUGACAAAAUG